AGAGCUCUUCAACGUUAUCUCAUUUGCUCCGUCAUCAUUAGUUCCGUUCUUGAAUCCCGUCCGGGGCUCCGGGCACUCACUUUCCCCAAAAUUGGAAUCAAACCCUAGCUCAGUAGCUCGUCCUCCUCCUCGAUUCCCCCCGAUCCCCACCAGCCGACUCGCCGGAACCCUAGCUAGCGUUAGAUCUACCGCGCCGCGCGCGCGUGCCCGCCGCCAUGGCGACCCUAAAGGAUCUCCUCCCGGCGCCCAAGACGUCGGCGUCCACCUUCUACGACCACAGCAGCGACCCCUGGUUCCAGGAGCGGUACGGCGGGGAGUCGGCGCAGGCGUCGGCCGCGGCGAGGCCCGCGGGCGCCGCCAGGACCAUCCCUCCGUACGGGAAGCGGGCGGGGUUCGUGCCGCGCCGACCGGAGGACUUUGGGGAUGGCGGCGCCUUCCCGGAGAUCCAUGUCGCGCAGUAUCCGCUCGGCAUGGGCCGCCGCGACGACAAGGGCGGGUCCAAGAUCCUCGCGCUAACCGUCGACGCGCAUGGGAGCGUCGCCUUCGACGCCGUCGUCAAGCAGGGCGAGAACGCCGGCAAGAUCGUCUACUCCAAGCACAGCGACCUCGUGCCGAAGAUCGCCACGUCCGAUUCGCAGGCGCCGGACGACGACGAGGAGCAGAAGCAGAUCGAGGAGACCACAGAGCGGACCAAGGCUGCCUUGGAGAAGGUUGUCAACGUCCGCCUCUCAGCUGCUCAGCCCAAGAAUGUGCCGACACAUGAUUCUGAGUCCAAGUUUAUUAAGUAUAAGCCGUCACAGCAAUCAGCGGCCUUCAAUUCAGGUGCCAAGGAGAGGAUCAUUCGGAUGUCGGAGAUGGCGGUGGAUCCUCUUGAGCCGCCAAAGUUCAAGCACAAGCGUGUGCCCCGGGCGUCUGGGUCGCCACCUGUGCCGGUGAUGCACUCGCCACCGCGGCCAGUUACAGUGAAGGAUCAGCAGGAUUGGAAGAUCCCACCGUGCAUUUCUAACUGGAAAAAUCCAAAGGGUUACACAAUUCCACUUGAUAAGAGGCUGGCGGCUGAUGGAAGAGGGCUACAGGAGGUGCAAAUUAAUGACAACUUUGCAAAGCUUUCUGAAGCAUUGUAUGUGGCAGAACAGAAGGCGAGGGAGGCAGUACAGAUGCGCUCCAAGGUCCAGAGGGAACUGAUGCUGAAGGAGAAGGAGAGAAAGGAGCAAGAGCUGAGGGCUCUUGCCCAGAAGGCUCGCAUGGAGAGGACUGGUGUCCCAUCUGCGCCAUCAGCUGUGCCUGCUGGUGGUGGCAGGGGAGCAGUUGAUGCUAUCGAUGAAGAUAUGGAUAUGGAGCAACCACGUGAACCGCGUGAGCAGCACAGGGAGAGUAGAGAAGAGAGGGAAGCGAGGAUUGAGCGUGAUAGAAUCCGUGAGGAGCGCAGACGUGAGAGGGAGAGAGAGAGGAGGCUGGAAGCCAAGGAUGCUGCAAUGGGCAAGAAGAGUAAGAUCACGAGAGACAGAGAUCGUGACAUCAGUGAGAAGAUUGCUCUGGGUAUGGCAAGCACUGGUGGUGCCAAAGGUGGUGAGGUCAUGUAUGACCAGAGGCUGUUCAACCAGGACAAGGGUAUGGACUCCGGGUUUGCCACGGAUGAUCAGUACAACAUCUACUCCAAGGGGCUCUUCACAGCGCAGUCUACGAUGUCUACAUUGUACAGACCUAAGAAGGAUGGUGAUUCUGAUGUGUAUGGUGAUGCGGAUGAACAGUUGGAGAAGGUUAUGAAGACUGAGAGGUUCAAGCCUGACAAGGCUUUUACCGGUGCUUCCGAGAGGACUGGCAAGCGAGACAGGCCUGUGGAGUUUGAUAAGCAGGAGGAGAACGAUCCCUUCGGUCUGGAUCAGUUCUUGACUGAGGUGAAGAAGGGAAAGAAAGCUGUGGAGAAGAUCGGAGGCGGAGGCACCAUGAAGGCAAGUGGUGGGUCCUCAAUGAGGGACGAUUAUGAUGGAGGAUCUGGGAGGUCCUGCAUUAAUUUUGAAAGGGGGCGUUGAGGUCCAUGGGGAUUACACAAAGGAGGAUGUUGGUGGUGAAGCGCUUGAGAGAUCUGAGGGUGAUGAGGCCGUGGUUGGAGGAGGCUGCUUUUCUCGAACGCGCAGGAGAACUGCGCAUCAUUGCUUAAGAAGAAGAAAAGGGAUGGGGGUUUUAUCCCCCCGAUGUUACAGAUACAAAAGGGGCUGUAACCCCCCUAGGUACAAACAUGCCGACUCUCUCCCAAACAAGAGGCUGUGGUUGGCCAGGAGGCUGCUGCAGCUGAGUAGGAUAGUUUUGAUCACUAUUUUGCCACUUAAUAUAUUUGAAGGAUAUAUGUACUGUUACCUUUCUGUCUGAGAACUAGGGUGGCUUUAUUUUGGCGAUAUGGUAGUUCAUGUCUGAAAACAAGUCAUUCGUUUGUGGUUAUUUGGAUCGCAAGUUCUGGUGACAUCUAUUCGACUUAUUACCUGAGGUUUAGUUUGGUGAUUUCUGUCAAUGCUAGGUUCUGUGUGGUGAAUUACUGAAUGUCUUAAUCAUGUUUGA